UCCGGGGCCUACGGCUCCGUCUGUUCUGCAUUUGACACAAAAACUGGGUUGCGUGUGGCUGUAAAGAAGCUGUCCCGACCAUUUCAGUCUAUCAUCCAUGCCAAAAGGACCUACCGAGAGCUACGGCUACUUAAGCACAUGAAACAUGAAAAUGUGAUUGGUUUAUUGGAUGUGUUCACCCCUGCCAAGUCACUAGAAGAAUUCAAUGAUGUGUACUUGGUGACACACCUUAUGGGAGCAGAUCUGAACAACAUUGUGAAAUGCCAGAAACUCACAGAUGACCAUGUGCAGUUCCUCAUAUACCAGAUUCUUCGGGGACUGAAGUACAUCCAUUCAGCUGACAUAAUACACAGGGAUUUAAAACCUAGUAACCUAGCUGUAAAUGAAGACUGUGAGCUAAAGAUCCUGGAUUUUGGUCUGGCCCGACACACAGAUGAUGAGAUGACCGGGUAUGUGGCUACCCGGUGGUACAGGGCUCCUGAGAUCAUGCUGAACUGGAUGCAUUACAACCAGACAGUUGAUAUUUGGUCAGUGGGAUGCAUUAUGGCUGAACUGUUGACUGGAAGAACGUUGUUCCCUGGUACAGACCAUAUUAACCAGCUUCAGCAGAUCAUGCGUCUGACGGGAACACCCCCUGCAUAUCUCAUUAACAGGAUGCCCAGCCAUGAGGCAAGAAACUACAUUCAGUCUCUGUCUUACAUGCCGAAAAUGAACUUUGAAAAUGUGUUUAUUGGUGCCAAUCCACUAGCUGUGGACUUGCUAGAGAAGAUGUUGGUACUGGAUACAGACAAACGAAUUACUGCAGCAGAAGCGCUGGCUCAUGCCUACUUUGCUCAGUAUCACGACCCAGACGAUGAACCGGUGGCAGACCCCUAUGACCAGUCUUUUGAAAGCAGAGAACUUGAGAUUGAAGAAUGGAAAAGCCUGACUUACGAUGAAGUCAUCAGCUUUGUGCCACCACCGCUUGACCAAGAGGAGAUGGAGUCCUGAGAAACUGCUCUCUUCUGUUUGUCCCACUUCACUGUGAGGGGAAGGCCUUUUCAUAGGGACUCUCCAAUUAUUGUUCAAGUGCCUCGUCACAACAAUAUUCUCCUUGGUGGAGGGGUUUUGUGUGUGUUGAAUUGGGGAGGGGGGGAGGGAAGAAAGCUGCGUCUAUGUAGACAUGCUGCAUGCUCUCUUGUGUUCUGUGUACAGCCUGGGGCAAGCCUCUAAGACCUGACUGCUCUUCAGAGUAACAGUGCUCAACCAGUUUGCACUGCUGGGGCAAGGUGGGGAAGCUGAUGUUUAAAGUUUGGUCACAAUCGUCGCCAUUUAUCAAUUCUUCUACAAUUAAGUAACCUCAAAAUAACAGAAGUUGUGUGAUAGGCUUAGUCUCCUCUGUUUUCUUCAGGACUGAAGGUGGGGUUGAGGGGUGUCCUUGUUCAACGCCAGAUGGCCGAU